AUGGAUAUACACAAGGCGGUGUUUGACAAGAAACCCUUCCAAGCUCCGGGUCCGGAUGGCUUCCAAGCAAUUUUUUACCAACAAGCUUGGAAGGUUGUCGGGAAAGACCUGUCAGAGAUGGCGAUAUCUUUCUUUGAGCAUGGGAACCUUCCCCUUGCUGUUUUGGAGUCCACUGUAGUUCUUAUUCCUAAGGUGGAAGAACCUGAAUCAGUCACGCAGCUUCGGCCCAUCUCUUUGAACAAUGUCAGCUUGAAGGCCAUUACAAAGGCGAUGACGAGUCGCCUGAAGUCUGUUAUGAGAACCCUUGUUUCACCUCGGCAGUCCAGCUUUAUCCCAGGUCGUCAGACGAUGGACAACAUAGUGGUGGUUCAGGAGGUUGUUCACUCGCUGAGAAAGAGGAAGGGGCGUAAGGGUGGCAUGGUGGUGAAAAUCGAUCUGGAGAAGGCCUAUGAUCGGCUUCGAUGGGACUUUCUGAGGGACACCCUGAUAGAAGUUGGCCUCCCGAGUUCUUGGAUCAGGUGUAUUAUGUAUUGUGUUCAACAGAACAGAAUGCGCAUUCUCUGGAACGGGGAGCUGCUUGAGGCCAUUACCCCUUCCCGGGGAGUUCGCCAGGGAGACCCUCUCUCUCCUUACCUUUUUGUGUUAUGUAUGGAGCGCCUUUCCCACAGAAUUGAUAAGGCCGUUCGAGAUAAGCUAUGGAAUCCCAUUCGCUUAUCUCCGAAUGGCCCGGCUCUAACUCAUCUUUUCUUUGCCGAUGAUUUGGUUUUGUUUGCAGAAGCGAAAAUCUCACAGGUGAAGAUUAUAAAGCAGUGUCUUGAUGAGUUCUGUGAGAGUUCCGGACAGCGAGUGAACUUUGCCAAGUCUAUCAUCUACAUCUCCCCCAACAUCCAUCAUGCCAGAGCUCAGCGCCUAAGUACCAGGGCUGGUAUUCCCCUUGCCACCAGCCUUGGGAAAUACUUAGGAAUUCAGACGACCCAUGGUCGGGUUACCAGAAGUCGAUAUGAAGGGCUACUGCUGUAG